AUGAAUUAAAAUCUCUAGUAGCAAGAUUAGCAAUAUACUAUGUAUGAUUUUAGAGGUGGAAUUGAGGAAUAUGAUAAUUUAGUUAAAUUAGGUCAGGGAUCUUAUGGAGUAGUUUAUAAAGGAAGAAAAAAAUCAGAUGGAAAAACAUAUGUUAUUAAGGAAAUUAAUAUGAAGUUUAUGGAUUAAAAGCAGAAAUAGGAUGCGGUCAAUGAAGGAAACUUACUAAAGCAUUUAGAAAGCCCUUAUGUAGUCAAAUAUUAUGAUAUGUUUAUAGAAUAAAAUGAUCUCUACAUUGUUAUGGAAUUUUGUGAGAAUGGAGAUCUUUUGCAAUAUAUUAAAAAGCAAAAAAAUCAGUUCAUAAAUGAAAAUAAAAUAUGGCUUUUCUUUCUACAAAUGCUUCUUGGUUUGCAUAGCAUUCACCAGCAAAAAGUGCUUCAUAGAGACUUCAAAACGAUGAAUAUAUUCUUAACUAAAAAUAGUACUGAAAUACGUAUUGGAGAUUUGGGUGUUGCCAAAUACCUUGGCGAUACCAACAACUUAGCCAAAACUAUGGUUGGUACUCCUUAUUAUCUUUCACCAGAAAUAUGCGAAGAAAAACCAUACAACGAAAAAAGCGAUAUUUGGUCUUUAGGUUGCAUUUUGUAUGAGCUUUGUACUUUCAAGCACCCCUUUGAAGCUUCUAAUUAAGGAGCACUGGUUAUAAAAAUUUUAAAAAAUAAAGUAGAACCACUACCUAGCAUGUACAGUAGAGAAUUAUAAUCAAUAAUUAGUCUUUUACUAACUAAAGAUCAUCAAAAAAGACCUGACACGACUACUCUUUUGUCAAACUCAAUAAUCGUUGAUAAAUUAAAUCUUCUAAAACUACCUUAUCCUUUAGACGCUGAUAAGAAGCAUAAGAGAGUAUCAUCUAUGAGUAUUGAAGUACCAAAAUCUAAAGAGACAUUUAGUUAAGCUAAAUAAGAGAAGGCAAGCAGAUCUCCAAAUGGAAGAAGAAUGAAUAAUUAAAUACAUGCAACUAACCAUAGCAUAGAUUAAAAUGCUAGAGUAGGAAGCAUCAGCAAUUUAAAUGAGAAUAAAGAAGAGAAACAUAUUAUUAGCUUACAAUUUUAGAGUACUUUACCAAGUAAUGUAGACAAAUAAUUUAUGUAAGAAAUAUUUAAAAAACGCAGUUAAGGCAUUAUUUAGGCAAAGGGAGCUAGAAAUAAAUCAGAAAAGAGUGACAAACAUCAAAAUAAUUAGGCAGCAGUACCUGAUAAAUAUAAUUCUCCAUCUAUCCCUCACAAAGUCUUUUAACUUAGUAAUAAAAAUUCAGAUUAUGACCAGAAUAGUAUAGAAAAUGCGAAAUAAUCUUCAUUUUAGAACCUUUCAAACCCAAAGAACUUAGCUAAAGAGUAACAAGCAAAAUUAGAAUCUAUUAUCUAGAACUAAAGGAAUAUUUUUUUCUAACCACUGUAAAGUGAUGAUGAUAAUCUUAAGCUACCAUAAAAUCAGAAAAUGAUUAAAAAAAAUAGCAGCAUGUUCACAAACUAUUCAUAAAAAAAGGAAAAGUAUAUUAGUGAAAAAUCGCCAUCUCCCUAAGCAAAUAGAGAAGAUAAAGAUAAAAAAAGUUAAAUAUAAAGUGUAAAUGACUAUUUAGAUUAAAUCAUUCUUUAGAAUUAAAGAUCUGGCAUUUACAACGAUUAAGUUAUUUAUAAUUCUAAGCAAAAUCAAAAUUUUUCAUCUGCAAAUAGCAAUAAUAGCAAUAACAAUAAUAAUAAUAAUAAUUCGCCAAACUAGUUUAUGGGAAAGAAAUAUUUUACUCCAAAGAUAAAAAGUGUGAGACAAACUUCAAUUAAUUAACAUGAACAAUUAGAUAAAUUGUAAAACGAAUAAAUUAUUUAAAAAAAUAAUUCUAUAAGUUAUCAAUCCUAGUCUUCAAAGAAUAUCAACUUACCUAACCCAUCACCUGUUAAUGCAAGAGGCAAAAAAAAUUUAAACUUAAUAGACAAGUUAUAAAACGAAAAGCUUUUCGAUCCUUCUAACUAAGAACAAAUGAAAUAGAUCAAUAUUUUUGCAUAGAAUAAUCAGAUUAAUUAAAUUGGAGGAAUAGAUCACAAUUAAAUAUAAUACAUAUAAGAUAAGCUUAGUGAAAGCUAAACUUAUUUUAAUAAUUUAUAAAACUAUAAUACAAAACUUCCAGAAAUUCAAUCAACAUCUAACUUAUCUACUCGUCCUAAAAGUAAUGUUAAUAUCAUGGAUGUAUUUUCUCAGAAAAAUAAUUAAAAUUUUUAACUAUUUGCUAGAAAUAAAAUAUCUCAAUAGCUGCAGGUCUAACCUUCAGCUUAGUUUUAAUUUUAAUAGCAAUACACUUCUCGUAAAAACAGCAGCAAGAAUUCAAAUUAGCAAAAUAACUUUAAUAAUAGUAUUUUCACAAAUUCUAGUUGCAUUUAGUUGAAUAACUAAUACUAAACAAUGAAUAACUAGCAGUAAAAGAAUACAAUAUAUUUAGAUUCUCCAGGUAUGAUUAAAGGAGAUCCUGCAAUUCAAUAGUAAAUGCAUCAAAAAUAAUUAGAUUUUAAGAUGUAAGAAGAUUAAAUUUUUUAGCUACCUUCUAAUCCUGUAAACCUAAAGAAAAGCUAAAGAAAUAUUGAUUAAGAAAAUAUAUCUAGCUCUUAAUUUGAAAAACCGAAAAGGAAAACUCACAGAACACAUACUGUUUCUGAGAGUAAACAAAAAAAGAACAAUAAAUCAUUUUAAUUUGAUGAAAAUAUUCAAGUUUCAACUUAUUCACCGUAAGAAAAUGUUUAAAUUAUGCAGUCUUAACAUUAGAUAAAAGAUUUCGAAAAAAAUUAAUAUAACUCCAACCCUAACAGAUACUCUAAAUAUUCAAUGAUUGAGACAACGAUAGACACAUAGAUGAGCAUGAAAGAAUUAAAUGAAGAAAUGGCUGACAUGUAAUAAAAGUAUUUCAAAGAUAGAUAUAGCUUAGAGUAAAAGCUGCAAAAAAAGAAUAUUUUUAUGAGCUCUACAACAAAAAGCAGUCAAAACAGUACACAGAUUGGUACUGAUGAAAAGCAAUUAAAUAGAUUAAAUGGAGAUUAUAAAAGGCAAGAAGGUCCUGCAUUAAACUAAUACAAUUCAAUAGAUUCUGCUCCUGGAUUUUUCAAAUCAGACGAAGACUAAAUGAAUGAUAAUUAUAGUUCUAUAUAUUCAGAUAAAAAGUAAUAUAACGGACUAAGUACAAUGCUUAAUUAAAAUGAAAUUAAAAAAUAUUAAAACACGCCUACUUUACCAAAGAUAAAACAGUAAUUACCCAUUUCUAGAAAUCAAUACUCAUAAAAUAUAAAUUUAUAGAAUAUGAAUAAUUAUAACCAACACAUAUAAAGUUAUUAAACAAGUAAUACAAAUAGCAGUCUUAUAGGCAGUCAGAAAAAUCAAUAUAAUAAUAAAUUUUAUAACAAAGACAUACUCGAGUUAAAUUAAAUGUUCGAAUAAGAAUCUAAUAAAAUUAAUUCACAGUUAAACUCAUAGUAAAACAUAAACCUAAGAGAAUAAAUAUAUAAUCAUCCUUAAAAUAACAACAAUAUAAAUUAUAACAAUGAAAUGUAACAAAAUUUAAUAAAACAAUAUGAUAUAAGUUAAAAUAAUAGAAAGAGGGGAACCUCUUCUGCAGCAAAAAGACUAGAAGUGCUUGAGAGUGAAAUUAUUGAUUUAUAAUCUUAAAUUGCAAAUAGAUAAAAAAUGCUUAAUCAGCAAUUAGGAAUCAAUUAAUUUUCUGAUUUGUACCAAAUUCUUAAAUAAAAAAUCAAAAAUAUUUAGGACUUGGAGCAGUGCAACAUGAAAGAAAUAGAUUCUAUAAUAAAUAGUUGCAUACAAAACUGCAACUCAAAGACGAUGAGCAACAUUUAUUCACUUUUAAAGCUCCACAUAAAGCUAGAAAAAGCUCAGUAAGAAUAUGAUACCUUAAAGUGGCCAAAAAAUUAUUGA